AUGCGUUCGACUCUCCUCGUCGUUGCCGUUGCGGCUCUCCCCGCCGUUCUUUCGGCUCCCAUCGCUGACGUCGGUGUUGCUCGCCACGAGUCGGCUCUCGCUGCUCGUGAGGACGACUCCGUCGCCGUUGAGGCUCGCCAGAUCCCCGGCUUUCCUUUUCCUAUCCCCGGUUUUCCCUCCCCUGGUGCUUCGGGUGGCCCUGGCUUUGGUGACUUCGGUGCGAUCAUCACCCAGCUCCUUUCCAGCAUCCCGUUCAUGCCUAAGGAUUUCGUCAAGACCAUGGUCGACCUCAUGACUGGUGUCCUCGGCGGCAAGCCUCUUGACCCCAAGGGCAUCGCCAAGAUCCAGACUGCACCCACCAGCGUCAUGAAGGACACGGUCAAGAUGUUCAAGACUCUGAUCGCUGGCAUCCCUUUCUUCGGCCCCAUUUUCGCUCCGUUCCUCGGCAUCCUCGAGGUUUUCGCCCAGAUGGGAUCGAGCCUCAUCCCCUCCGCUCGCGACAUCGACGACCGCCAGAUCCCGGGUCUUCCUUCUCUUCCUCUGCCCAUGGGUGAUAUUACCAAGCAGUUCGCCGACGCUAUGGCGCUCGUUGGCAUCGGAGCCGAUGUUGCAAAGGUCUUUAUGGACCUCUUCACCAGCAUGCUCAGUGGCAAGCCUCUCGACCCCUCCAAGAUGAUCAAGGCGUUCUCGCAGGGCCCAAAGAUUCUCGCAAAGGUCGCCUCGGUGAUGACCAACAUUGUAAAGGGUAUUCCGGGCAUCGGCCCCAUCUUUGCCCCUUUCCUCUCGGGUCUUACUCUGGCCGCGACUCUUGCCGGCGCGAUGGGUGGGUCGCUCGCUGGGGUCGCUGGUGGUCUCGAUUAA